AUGGAGCAUCAGAAGUGCUAUCUAUUUAAACCCCAAGGCGGCCGGCCAGCCAAGAGGCGGCGCCUAAACAACUCUGACCUACCUUCCUCCUGGCCCCUGAGGGAAGCGACGUACAAUGAGCUCUGGGCUACUCAAGAAAAGCGUAUCAAGGAUGUACUUUCGGAAGUCAACAGAACCACGACAGGGGAGAUCACAUCCUUCGUAUCCGCAUCUGCGACUGAGUCCCGCACCUCUGCGUACAAGAUACCGACCGGACUUGUCGUUGCUGGGCCGAGCAUUGCAUCUCACCGGACUUUGUUUGAGCAUCUAGGGCGCGAAAUCGUUGCUCAAACUCGUAGCGCUUUUGUCUUGCUCACCUCUGCUGAAUGUCCAAACUUGAAAACACUGCUCAAGAACCUUAUCAAGAAUGCUACAGCACGCUCGACUGAAGAAGACGAGGACGAUGAAGUGGCCGGCAACGCUUCCCAGAAGGGGCCGAAGCUUCUCACUUAUGACUUACAGCUACUGUAUCUAUGGUUUAGGAUCCAAGAUCUGGACCAGCUAGUUGUAGCUUUCCAGGACAGCGAGGCAUUUGACGGCUCGUUACUCGGAGAAGCUAUCGAGUUGCUCAGGUUCUGGUCGGACCGCACACCGUUUGUCUUGCUUUUUGGAAUAGCGACGACCGUUGAAACCUUCGAAAACAAGCUGCCUCGAGCUGCAAAGCGGUGUAUCGAGGGGCAGAAGUUCGAUGUGACUCAAGCCGACGAAAUCCUCGAACGAGUUUUACAUGCAGCCAUUGACGGUGAUGAUGUUCCUCUAAGGCUGGGGCCGGCGCUAAGUACGCAGUUGCUUGACAGACAGAAGGACCACGUUCAGAGCGUAGAUGCUUUUGUUGAAGGCCUCAAGUACGCCUAUAUGUCCCACUUCUACGCUAAUCCCCUGAGUCUGCUUCUCCGCAAAGAUCUGAAAUUUGAACAAAUGUCCGGUGAUGACUUUGAGGCCGUCCGCAAUCUGGGUUCCUUUCGCGAGUUAGCCGAGCGGUUGCUCGACAACGGUGAAGCAGCACUAGUUCGAUCUCUGCUCGAUUCUGAUGCAGCUCUGUUCAAUUAUACAAGGGGGCAGCUCGAUGAGGGGCAGCUCAAAGUCUCAAGCAUGGUCGGGGCCCUAGAGACGUUGAACGUGCUCCGCGGCUGCUUUCCGAAGAUGCCGGUCAUCCCUCUCUCGUCGCUUUAUGUUAGGGCAGUCUCAGGGGAGCUCAACGGAUCGCCCGCAGUCCGUGAAUUGCUAAUUUCUGUCAAGAAAGCAUCUUCGGAUAUUUUCAUCCAGAUUCUGGAUUCCUUGCUAGCAUGGACGCCAGAGGAUGCUCAGUCAAUCGUGUGCUCUCUUCGUGAACGGCUUGCUGCUCUGAUGGAGUCCAAUGAGGACUGUUCGACACCCCUUAGAAGCGAGCACGACUUGCGUAACGAGACACUCAGGACGACCGUUGUUGCACAGAAAGUAGAGUUGAGCAAACAGAAGUCGGCACUAUCCAAGAGAGAUGCCGCAUACUCAAAGCUGGUCGAUGAGUGUCACAGUCGGCUAGAAGCUUACUUUGCCGAGAUGUUCAUCAAUCCGCAGGAAAUUUUUCUUCAUGAAAUAUUUCUUUACGAUCUCAAAUCACCGCACAAGGACGCCUUCACUCCAAGGCCCCGAUACGCAGUGGAGCGAGCUUUGUCAGCGCCUCAAGAUUAUCUGGGAUGCGAUUGCUGUCGUCCGGCUGCUGGCAACGACGGCACUGAGAGCACGCUAUCCUCUACGCAACCUGCGACUACGAUUAUGUACCAGCUCUAUCUGGAGUCUGGUUCCCUGAUCAAUGUCAGCGAUCUUUGGUCAGCGUUUCAAGCAAUCAUGGGUGACGAUGAUGACGAACAGGGUCUCACGAUGGCGUUGUUCCAGCGCGCACUAGCGGAGCUAAGAUGCCUUGGUCUGAUCAAGAGCAGCAGAAAGAAGACGGACCAUGUGGCAAAGCUGGCAUGGAAGGGGCUCUAA